UGCCUGGCUCAAAAUAACUUCUUUUAAACAUUUCUUAAUGUUUAAUUAACUAGUUCAAAUCAGUAUUUAACUUUAACCUCUGAUGAGUGUUUUCUAAAAGAGGAGGCUGGGUUGGAAAGCAAGGGGAGAAGCCCACUGCCCACAGGUGGCUGCAGAUGCCAGUGGCACCUUCUCGCUGGAGUCUGCCCAGCUGUCGGAGAACAAUGAGCGUCAGGUCCAGGGGUUUCUGCUGUUUGGCUUACAGAGCGCGGAAGCCCUCACACCCACUCGGAGUGGGGGUCGGACAAGAUGGCACAGGGGUGGGGUUUGCUUUCCAUCUGGGCUGUGAGUGUCCUCCCUGAAGUGAGGUUUUGGCUUCACCACCUCUGAUGGUGCACCUUGGAGGUGAUACCACCUUGGAAGUGAUUUCAGCCCAGGUUUACUUCUCCUUGGAUUUCAGGAUGAGAUGAGAGAGGAGAAGAAUUCCCUUGAAGCCCUGCAUUGAGGGGAAGGGGAGUUAAAUCAGUUUCAUCUGUUUUAUUCGGGAGGCAAAUCAAAGGGAUGUAAACAUUGUUCAGGGUUCUUACUGUACAGUUCUCCAUAGAAUUUUGCUAUGAAAAGGUUCUAGAUGAUUUAGUUGAUGUAAAUCGAGCGUAAAUCGAGGGACAGAGGCCCUGGGGAGCUGGUGCUGGGCAGCCGCUCAUCUCCUGUUUGCUUGCCAUGUGCAUGAAGGAUGCUGGCCCAGGACAGGUGCUUGCAGAUGCUGAAGACGGCAGGCUCCAGUUCUCAUCCACUAGUGCGUGGGCUGAAUCAUGCUGAUGGUUUUGCUGCUUAGCUCUCCUGAGUCUCCUCGCCCCAGUCCCCAGGUUGGGGUUUGUUCCACUCAUGGGAGUGCUGGGGAACUUUGCCCUUUGGUUCCGUACUUGGAGAGUUGAUUUUAAGCGUGGAUUGCUGGGCUGCUCCAUAGGGCAGAGUCUGAGGGCAGGUCAAGUUGGUCUUUAAAAGGCCUUGGCAGAAGCAUGUGGUUUACAUGUGGCAAGUGGGGACCGACAGCACCGGGGCAGGGAAGCCGUAAAUCACUGUUGAACAGUUUGAAACUCUAGAGGGAGACAGCAUGGAUAGAAAACUUGAGGGUAAACAGUCCAUAUUAGCUGAGUUUUAAGUGCUCCAAAGUAGUCAGUAUUCUGUGCAUUGAAGAAAAUGGCUGUUAUUUUUCUUACUGAAAACUAGAGAGGCCGAAGAAAAAUCCUGUGAUCUCUGUCAGAGACCUCUUGUCUUCAGGGUUUUUGACUUUGUCAGUAUCAGUAAUGUUAACAACCAUUAAGAAACCCCACUGGAUGGCUUUUGUGACAUACUUACUUUUCACAUUCUGAGCUAGUGGCCUUGUGCCUUCCCAGUGUCCCCUGAAUGUCCUCAGCGUCCCCUGUGUGCAGCGCCCACGUCUCCUGGUUGAACUGUCCCCUAAUGUUCUAGGUGUCCCCUCUCUGUGGUGCCUAUGUCUCCUGGUUGGACUGUCCAUUGGUGUCCUGGGCAUCCCUUCUCUGUGGUGCCCAUGUCUCCUGGUUGGAUUGUCCCUGAGUGUCCUGGUUGUCCCCUCUCUGUGGUGCCCACGUUUCCUGGUUGGACUGCCCCUUGGUGUCCUGGGCGUCCCCUCUCUGUGGUACCCUGGUCUCCUGGGUCUCCUGGUUGGACUGUCCCCGAGUAUCCUGGGCGUCCCCUCUCUGGUCACUCUUGUCCUGGGUUCCAUUCAGCCCUUUUGUUUAUAGCAGGUCCUAUAUUAAACCUCUCUGUAGGAGUUAACUUUAAACAAAGAGUUGGCCGGGCGUGGUGGCUCACAACUGCAAUCCCAGCACUUUGGGAGGCCGAGGUCGGGGGCUCACCUGAGAUUGGGAGUUCGAGACCAGCCUGACCAACAUGGGGAAACCCCAUCUCUACUAAAAUUACGAAACUUAGCCGGGCGUGGUGUCGGGCGCCUGUAAUCCCAGCUACUCAGGAGGCUGAGCCACGAGAAUUGCUUGAACCUAGGAAGUGGAGGUUGCAGUGAGCUGAGAUCGUGCCACUGCACUCCAGCCUGGGCGACAGAGCAAGACUCCGUCUCAAAAAAAAAAUAAUUAUUUAAUAUGUUUAUGAGGUAUUACAGCUUUUUUUGUUUGCCCUAAUUUUCACAUUCCAGGAAGAGUUUUAGUGGCUUGUCCAUGAAAAGUUUCCAUUUUUCAUUUGGACUAAAUCUGUUUUUUUUUUUUUGAAACAAACCCCCAAAUGCUUCCUUUAUUUAUACCUUUAAGGAAGUGUUUCUCAAAGGGAAAAAUUGAAUAAUUAUGGUAUAUUCUCUGCAGGAAAUCAUCCUUGAUUUUGCUUAGCUGAGGUUAGGUUUAUCAUUAAGCUCUGUUGUACCAGGGUUGUGGGGUUGUACCCUGUGUCGUUGGAGUGCGUUACUAUGGCGUGGUGAUAUGCGGUUAGGUUUAGCAUGAAGCUCUGUUGUACCGGGGUUGUAGGGUUGUACCUUGUUGUUGGAGUGUGUUACUGUGGCGUGGUGAUAAACACCUGCAUGUUCUGCACUGAGGUUCUGCUGAGGCCUCAGUGCAGCUGUGGAGCAGGAGCGGCACAGAAGAAGGAGCUGUGGCUGCACUGGCAAAGCUCAUGCUCUCCUCGGGGAGACCAGCGCGGAUCUUGUAGGAAUCGCUAUUGCGAGGGUUGCUAGGAGGCAGUGGUGCGGUGUGACAGGAGGCGCCCCAGGUGGCGGCGAGGGUGCACAAGGGGAGUCCCAACCUUGCCUUAGAGCACAGUCAACCUUUACUGUCCUCAUGGUUCCUGUAGGUUAGGAUUUGGGGGUGGCGUGGGGGGACGUUAGGGUGCAGUCGUCACGCUCCCUGAAGGUUGCGUUGGGCUGAGGGGCCCUUCUGAGGUGUGGGCUGGUGCCGGCCUCUCCUGGGCCUCCCCGGGAGUGCUUGGGCAUCCUUGUGCUAUGGCGUCUCCCAGGGUGCGCGGUGAGAGCAAGCGGGCGCCACAGCCAGGUGGAAGCUCUGGAAGGGACCCUGAGCAGGAAGGCGCACAGCUGGGCCUCCACCCCGUCCUCCUCAUCAGAAGUGUGGCAGGGCGGGCGGCUUGAGCUCAGGAGUUUGGGCAACAUGGCGGAACUCCGUCUCUACAAAAUACAAAUAUUAGCCAGGUGUCAUCCCAGCUACUCAGGAGGCUGAGGUGGGAGGAUGACUUGAGCCGAGGUUGCGCCGCUGCACUCCAGCCUGGGUGACAGAACCAGACCCUGUCAAAAAAACAAAAAGACGACGAUGAAGAAGAGUGUGACACAGAAUCUGGCCGACGUUCGAGGAAGGGGAAUCGGCUUGACUUGUAAAGGAAGGGUUGUUGAAGAGUCGGUGGAAAUGGUUUAAGACCACGGCACCUUGUUAUUUUAAUAUUCCCCUCAGAUGCUUAGAACAGUUGGAUACCUGGUGAGCCGGCUGUCCGGAUGCCUCCUUUCCCGGCACGCACAGUGUGGAUUCUCUCACGGCUGGUGGUCGUGAGGCGCUGCGACAUGCUAAGCAGUGCUGGGUGACACAGAGGACUAAGGUAGGCCUUCCUUUCCGGAAGGUGAGGGCUUAGCUGGAGAGAUGUCAUCACACUUGAAAGGUGGAUUAUCCAACGAGGAGCAAACACUUUCGCAGUAGAAACAACAAACAUCAGAGGAGCUGGACGGUGCUUUUGGGCCUGGGGCCUUUCUUGGGUUUUAUCUGCGCAGCCCCAGCUCUGUAGCAGGGCUCGGUGUGUGCGAGGAGCUUGGUGUGUAUUUGCUGAAUACAAGUACAGGGCCCUGGAGGGCCAGAGACACGGGUGAGCUUGUGGGCCCACCGGUUGCCCAGCGUAGCAGACGGGUGUGAUAGGGUGUCCUCAGGGACAGGCAAGCUUUCUCUGGCGACCCUUGAGCAUUCAGUCCACAGGUGUCGUUUCUGUUCCUGAUUUGUUCCUUGGCAGGACUCUAGAGCUGAAAGCUGCUGAGCCUUGUGAUGCCUCACUGUCCUCAUUAGAAAAACUGAGCCGAUAGCCUUCUUAGUAGGGUUAUGAGAUUUAAAUAUUGGUGCUUGAACAGGAUAGCAUCUGGUAUGCACCAGAUGCUAAACUCAUUUCUGUCUGUCAUACAUCCCAGCUGCUGUUGCUGUGUGAGAGGCCGUGGUGUGAGACAACAGCAGCCUUCUAAUUUUCUCACAUACUCUGUGGAUCAGGAGAGCUCACAGCAGUAGGCUUAGUUCUGUUGCUGAUACCUGGGGCCUCGGCUGGGGAGACUUGAGGUUCAGGAGGUGGUGACUCAUGAGGGGCCGCGGGAGCCGUGCCUCUCACGCACCUGCCCUGGUGCUGGCUGUGAGGGACCCCUCUGGGCCCGUGGCUGUGGCAUCUGCUGUGAGGGACCCUCUGGGCUGUGGCAUCUGCAGGGGCCUCUCCCCGGGGCUGCUUCUCUUCCUCACAGGGAAGUAUCUGGAGCUGCAGCCCAGGAGGACCAGGCGGAAACCCAUUGUCCUGGGAGGCCCACGAUACCUUCUGUCCUGGGUUGAGCCCAGCGGCCGCAGAAGGAGCACAGACUCCCUCUGUGUGCACAGCAUUUGGGACAGAAGAACCAAAGAUGAUACCUGGAAAGCAGAUGACCUCAGAAAACAUCUCUGGGCCAUACAGUCAGGUGGUUCCAAGGAAGAAAGAAAGCACAGAGAGAAGAAGCUGUGUAAGGAGUCUGAGAUGGACCUUCCUGAACACAAGGAGCCGAGGUGCAGGGAUCCCAACCAGGAUGCCAGGAGCAGAGACAGGGUGGCCGAAGUCCACACCGCUAAGGAGAGUCCUCGUGGGGAGAGGGACAGAGACAGACAGAGGGAGAGGAGAAGAGACGCAAAAGACCGGGAGAAAGAAAAGCUGAAGGAGAAACAUCGAGAGGCAGAAAAGUCUCACAGCAGAGGAAAGGACAGGGAAAAAGAAAAAGACAGAAGGGCCCGGAAGGAAGAACUCCGGCAGACCGUGGCCCACGACAACCUGCUGGGCCAGGAGACGCGCGACCGGCAGCUCCUGGAGCGGGCGGAGAGGAAAGGCCGCUCAGUAAGUAAAGUAAGAAGUGAAGAGAAAGAUGAAGACUCUGAAAGAGGAGAUGAAGAUAGAGAAAGAAGAUACCGAGAAAGAAAGCUGCAGUACGGAGACAGAAAGGACAACCCUCUCAAGUACUGGCUUUAUAAAGAAGAAGGCGAGAAGAGACACAGGAAGCCCAGAGAGCCAGAUCGAGACAAGAAACACCGAGAAAAAAGCAGCACAAGGGAAAAAAGAGAGAAAUAUUCCAAAGAGAAAAGUAAUUCAUUCUCUGACAAAGAAGGGGAAGAAGGACAUAAAGAAAAGCGACACAAAGAAGGUUUUCAUUUUGAUGAUGAGAGGCACCGAAGCAACGUGGAUAGAAAAGAGAAAUCGGCAAAAGAUGAGCACAGGAAAAGGGAAUCCAAGAACGGUGAACACAGAAAUCGAGGUGCAAGCUCAAAAAGAGAUGGGACCAGCAGCCAGCAUGCUGAGAAUUUAGUAAGGAAUCACGGAAAAGAUAAAGAUUCAAGACGGAAGCAUGGCCAUGAGGAAGGCUCUUCCGUGUGGUGGAAGCUGGACCAGAGGCUGGGAGGCGAGGAAACUGUGGAAAUUGAAAAGGAAGAAACUGAUUUAGAAAAUGCUGGAGCUGAUGCAUAUACAGCCAGUUGUGAAGAUGAUUUUGAAGACUAUGAAGAUGACUUUGAGGUUUGUGAUGGCGACGAUGAUGAAAGCAGUAAUGAACCUGAGUCAAGAGAAAAACUGGAAGAACUUCCUCUAGCUCAAAAAAAGGAAAUACAAGAAAUUCAAAGAGCUAUUAAUGCAGAAAAUGAAAGGAUUGGCGAGUUAUCUUUGAAACUGUUUCAGAAGCGAGGUAGAACAGAAUUUGAAAAGGAGCCCAGGACAGAUACAAACAGUUCCCCUUCCAGAGCCUCCGUUUGUGGAAUUUUUGUGGAUUUUGCCUCAGCUUCACACCGUCAAAAGAGUCGGACUCAGGCCCUUAAGCAAAAGAUGCGAAGUACAAAACUGCUUCGGCUCAUUGACUUAGAUUUUUCAUUUACUUUCUCUCUCUUGGAUCUACCACCAGUAAAUGAAUAUGACAUGUAUAUCAGAAACUUUGGGAAAAAAAAUACCAAGCAGGCAUAUGUUCAGUGUAACGAAGAUAAUGUUGAAAGAGACAUUCAAACGGAGGAAAUAGAGACCAGGGAAGUGUGGACCCAGCACCCAGGAGAAAGUACUGUUGUAUCUGGAGGCAGUGAACAAAGAGAUACCUCUGAUGCUGUAGUUAUGCCAAAGAUUGAUACUCCAAGGUUAUGUAGCUUUCUGCGGGCGGCUUGUCAGGUGAUGGCCGUUUUGCUGGAAGAGGAUCGCUUGGCAGCUGAACCCAGCUGGAAUCUUAGGGCUCAAGACAGGGCCCUGUAUUUUAGUGACAGCUCAUCUCAGCUGAACACCAGUCUGCCAUUCCUUCAAAAUCGAAAAGUAUCCUCCUUGCACGCCUCCCGAGUUCAGAGGCAGAUGGUGGUCUCCGUUCACGACUUACCCGAGAAGAGCUUUGUGCCCCUGCUGGACAGAAAAUACGUCCUCUGUGUGUGGGAUAUUUGGCAACCUUCAGGGCCACAGAAGGUUCUGAUAUGUGAGUCCCAGGUCACGUGUUGCUGCUUGAGCCCUUUGAAAGCAUUUUUACUGUUUGCCGGAACAGCGCACGGCUCAGUUGUCGUCUGGGAUUUGAGAGAAGACUCAAGGCUGCAUUACUCUGUGACGCUGAGCGAUGGCUUCUGGACGUUCCGGACCGCCACGUUUUCCACCGAUGGAAUCCUUACCUCAGUAAACCACCGAAGCCCUCUUCAAGCAGUAGAACCUAUCUCAACGUCCAUCCACAAAAAGCAGAGCUUUGUGCUUUCACCCUUUUCUACUCAAGAAGAAAUGUCAGGUUUGUCCUUCCACAUCGCUUCCUUGGAUGAGAGUGGGGUUCUCAAUGUGUGGGUGGUUGUUGAAUUACCAAAGGCAGACAUCGCAGGUUCAAUAAGUGAUUUAGGUCUGAUGCCUGGAGGGAGGGUCAAGCUGGUACAUAGUGCUCUGAUCCAGUUGGGUGACAGUCUUUCCCAUAAAGGUAAUGAAUUUUGGGGCACUACACAAACACUGAAUGUUAAAUUUCUGCCUUCAGAUCCUAAUCACUUUAUUAUUGGCACAGACAUGGGUGUCAUAAGCCAUGGCACAAGACAAGAUUUGAGAGUGGCUCCCAAACUAUUCAAACCUCAGCAACAUGGUAUAAGACCAGUGAAAGUUAAUGUCAUUGAUUUUUCACCAUUUGGAGAACCAAUAUUUUUGGCCGGCUGUUCGGACGGAAGCAUCAGGCUGCACCAGCUGAGCUCCGCGUUUCCGCUCCUGCAGUGGGACAGCAGCACGGACAGCCAUGCGGUCACCGGCCUGCAGUGGUCCCCAACCAGGCCUGCCGUGUUCCUGGUGCAUGACGACACAUCCAACAUCUACAUCUGGGACCUCCUCCAGAGCGAUCUGGGUCCUGUCGCCAAACAGCAGGUCUCCCCCAACAGGCUGGUGGCCAUGGCUGCAGUGGGUGAGCCCGAGAAGGCUGGUGGCAGCUUCCUGGCCCUGGUGCUGGCCAGGGCGUCUGGCUGCAUCGACAUCCAGCACCUGAAGAGGCGGUGGGCGGCCCCAGAGGUGGACGAGUGCAACAGGCUGCGUCUGCUUUUGCAGGAAGCCCUGUGGCAAGACGGAAAACCGCACAAGUAGCGGGUGUUGCUGAGAGGACGGCGUUUCUGUAAUGACCCAAAUUUAAAAGACAUAAGGUGGAUAAUUCUACAUUUGUAUGCAAGUAUAUUUAUGUAUAUAGACUAUGUAUAUUCUGUAUAUAAUUUAUUUUACAUGAAUAUUUCUUUGGUAUUCCCAGUAAAUACAUGACUACUUUUGAAUGGAAACAAAGAACAUUCUAGCAUUUACAAAACUUCCAGGGGAAUGUAGAGCCACGUCCAGGGUGCUCUUUUCUGAGAGUAUUUCGAGUUAUUUUUAGAACAGUUUAAAUAUUGUCACAUUACUGCUAGAUUUUAAACAGCCUACCAUGAAAAUGUAUCUUAAUGAACUAUUUUCUUAUGCAUAAAGUAUGUGAACACACAUCCAAAUUAAAAGGAAUUACUCCACUGAAA